UUACUAUGUAAUUUUAAUAUAUCAAAUUUUUAGAAUAUUUAUUAUCUUUAAUUUUAUAUAAGCAAAAUUAAGAUGAGGUCCCAUGGUGCAUGCUUUUUGCGGAUGAUAUUGUGCUUAUCGACGACACGCGUGAGGGACUAAACAAUAAGUUGGAACUAUGGCGCCUUGCCCUUGAGACUAAGGGAUUCAGAAUAAGUAGGAGCAAGACUGAAUACAUGGAAUGUCAUUUCAGCGGCCGGGAUACAGAACCAAAGGUGGAAGUCAGGAUUGACUCUCACCUAGUACCUAAGGUAGACAGGUUUCGAUAUCUUGGCUCGGUAAUCCAGGCUGAUGGGGAGUUAGAUGGGGAUGUUGGACACCGUGUUGGAGUGGCUUGGGCCAAAUGGCGGUUAGCUUCAGGGGUGUUGUGUGAUCCGAAGAUUUCGCCUAGAAUGAAAGGUAAGUUCUAUCGAUCCGUAGUCAGACCUGCUAUGUUAUAUGGGGUAGAGUGUUGGGCAGUUAAGAAGACUCAUGUGCGUCGUCUGCAUGCGGCGGAGAUGCGGAUGUUACGAUGGAUGUGUGGGAAGACAAGGUUGGAUAGAAUCACGAACGAAGUCAUUCGACGUCAGGUAGGCAUGGCACCGGUGGAAGAUAAGUUGCGAGAAGCGAGGUUGAGAUGGUUUGGCCAUGUGAGACGGCGGGAUGCCGAUGCCCCUGUACGGAGAUGCGAGAGGAUUACGGUUAUCGGGGGAAGUACGGGAAGGGGUAGACCCAGGAAGAAUUGGAAGGAGGUGAUUAGGCAGGAUUUAGGACUUCUCGACCUGACUGAGGAUAUGGCCUUAGAUAGGAACCUUUGGAAAACUAGGAUUAGAGUAGCUGGAUAGGAGCUUGGUGUUGUAGAGGUGGAGCCGGGAGUCUCUUGGAAACAGCCUCCCUACUCCCGAGUUCGGGCAAGGUCUGCGUACACACACCCUCCCCAGACCCUACUGUUGUGGGAUUCACCUGGGUUGUUGUUGUUGUUUUAUAUAAGCAAAGGUAAAAGAUGAAUUCCAAUAGUGAAAUUAAAUGUAAUUGACUAAAAAUUGAGUAAAUUACAUAAUGGUGU